ACUUUGUAACAUAUUCACAAAGUUGCUCGCCAAAAGCACCAUCGUAAUGUCCAAUCAUUACUCGAAUUGCUUACCUAAGCUAAGAAUGAAUAAUCAUAUGUGUUGCCAUACGCACUAUGGCAUCGGGCUAUUGAUUGUAUACCUCGUUACCUCAUUCUCUAUAUUAAAUGAGCAGAUCUGUCAUCUUCUUCGACAGAUACACAUACAUUGGACCCCUGAUUUAGCCUAAUACUCAGUAUUCGUCCGGUGCAAAAAGACAUUUAACUUGCCAGGAAGCACAACGUCAAGGCCGUCAGAGUAGGGAGAGUUAUGGAACUUUGCACUCUUAUUUUUCUUAUCUGGAUGCUCACCUAAACUAAUAAAAAUAUACGGUUGGUUUCCCACUAGCAAAAAUUGUCGCACAGUCCCUGUAGGUGGCCGAGACAAGAACAUGGCGCUGAAUUACUAGAAGAAACAGUCUACUCUCCAGUCUCCACUCAAGCAGUAUCAUCAGCAUCAUAAUCAAAGAUGAAAGAGUCACGGGCACCGUCUGAUCGCGAUGAAAGAAAACCAGAGGUAAAAGAAGAUGAUGGUGAUGAUGAUGAAGAAGCAAUUCCUCACAUAUGGGAUUGUGGGAGCCCUUUAUAUGAUUCAUAUGAACUGGUUUCUCUUAGCCAUGUGAUCGAUAGACAUAUCAUGGUUUUGCCAUCUCUUAGUGGAUCAAGACAGGGAAGGAGCUCUCGAUUUUCUCAUGCACCGAGUCAUGUGAUUCCAUCAUUUUUUUCACCUUCAACUGCAACUGAAGAAGCUGCUGCAUCAAAGAAACCAAGAAGGUCUUCCGUUUUAGUGACUUUUUUGUGCAAGUUAAUGGAAAGGAGUACGCGGAAGAGGAGGAUUUGUGGACAGAUGAAGGAAAAGCCCAAGACUGUGAAGAUCAAUGGCGGGAUUUAUAGAGUUUAUAAUAGGAUUAAUUCAAUGAGGAAAUAGGUAAAGAUCAUGUAGAGAGAUACAUGAAUCAAACAGGUUAAGGGUAAAUGAUUGUAACUGCUUCUUAUAUUUCCAUAUAUCGUUUCAUGUACUAUAUAAGACAUCUUUCAAGCCAUUGUCUAGCUUUGCUACGGGCACGGACAAUGCACUGCAAAUCAUUGUCUAGCAUUGUUAGUGCUAUCAAUGCACCGCCAAAAAUCUAGAUUUCUAGGAUGCAUGUGGCAAUUAAUUGCAACGUUUCAAGUUUCCCUUUUUCUUUCUAA